CUGAGUGCCUGUUGGUAGGAGUCCGCUUGGCGUUGGGUCUGGAGAGGUUUGGGGUGCUCUGGCAGUAGCUGAAGCAGGCGUCGGGGAGAGUCCAUAGGAAAGAAGUCGCCAUGGACGAUCAGGGCUGCCCCCGGUGUAAGACCACGAAAUACCGGAACCCCUCCUUGAAGCUGAUGGUGAAUGUGUGCGGACACACUCUGUGUGAAAGUUGUGUGGAUUUACUGUUUAUGAGAGGAGCUGGAAACUGUCCUGAGUGUGGCACUCCACUUAGAAAGAGCAACUUCAGAGUACAACUCUUUGAAGAUCCUACUGUGGACAAGGAGGUUGAGAUUCGGAAAAAAGUCCUAAAAAUAUACAAUAAAAGAGAAGAAGACUUUCCUAGUCUAAGAGAGUAUAAUGAUUUCCUGGAAGAAGUGGAAGAAAUUGUUUUCAACUUGACCAACAAUGUGGAUUUGGAUAACACCAAAAAGAAAAUGGAGAUGUAUCAAAAGGAAAACAAAGAUGUCAUUCAGAAAAAUAAGUUAAAGCUGACUCGGGAACAGGAGGAAUUGGAAGAGGCUUUAGAGGUAGAAAGACAGGAAAAUGAACAAAGAAGACUGUUUAUACAAAAAGAAGAACAACGGCAGCAGAUUCUAAAAAGGAAGAAUAAGCAGGCUUUUUUAGAUGAACUGGAGAGUUCUGAUCUCCCUGUUGCUCUCCUUUUGGCUCAGCAUAAAGAUCGAUCUACCCAGUUGGAAAUGCAACUUGAGAAACCUAAACCUAUAAAACCAGUGACAUUCUCCACAGGCAUCAAAAUGGGUCAGCAUAUUUCAUUAGCACCUAUUCAAAAGCUUGAAGAAGCUCUAUAUGAAUACCAACCACUGCAGAUAGAGACAUGUGGACCACGAGUUCCUGAGCUUGAGAUGCUAGGAAGACUUGGGUAUUUAAACCAUGUCAGAGCUGCCUCUCCACAGGACCUUGCUGGAGGCUAUACUUCUUCUCUUGCUUGUCACAGAGCGCUACAGGAUGCAUUCAGUGGGCUUUUCUGGCAGCCCAGUUAACCUUUAUUUCUCCUUUCUAAGAUUUGGACCCAGGAGCCGAACCAGGGAGCUAGCAAAAGUAAAGCAGGCGUGUAAAAGGAGAGCCCUGUGCAGCUGCCCAACAACAGUGCCACCGCUAGCAGCUGUGUUAAAGUAUUCGUGAGAAAAUUUCAGAACUCAGCUGAGUAAUAUAGUGGAUAAAUAUAUGUGGAAAAGAUUUAUUUUUUACUUGUAUUUUUCUGAGAGGGAUUGAAGCAUUUAUAUGGUAAACUUCAUCUGAUGGAAGAUAUGAAUAAUUCACCUAUGUAUGCUUGAGGUUGACAGACUUGUAAAAUCUUUUUAAAAAUAAAGCUAGA